AUGGACAAGGCAACCCACAACACCGGGGCCGUCAUCCAGGUCAACUCCCCCAACAAGGAGAACAACCUGCCCGACGCCUUCACCUUCAUCCAGCACGUGCAGCAGUCGCCCAUGGCCGACGUCGGCCUGCCAAAGUCGCACCACGUCCGCGCCAACGUCGGCCCAGUCACGUUCGACGGCUACAUCUUGCCCGAGAAGGACACCCUCAUGGGCGUGCUCUACCUGCUCAACAUCCAGCUCGGCAAGGUCUCCGGCAGCAUCGAGCGCGGCGUCAAGGCCACCGCCAGGCUCGCCUCCGCCACGGGAGACGUCGUCUUCUUCAAGCAGGACAAGGAGGUCUGGAUGAAGAUCGACAUCAGCGUCAUCGGUGCCCCCUGGAAAAUGGAGCAGGCUAUCUGGCCGCCAAAACACCACAAGUAG